ACAUCGAACAGACAGCAGCGCUAUUAUAUUUUAUUAUUUUCUUCCGGGGAGCUCUAUGUGUUAGCUCAGCUUCUUAGCUGAACCAGACAGCCUCUUUGGACAACUGCUUCGAUUUCUGAUGGAGUUUAAGGGGAUAAAUGUUUAUGCUGUGGUGGUGUGAAAACAUCCAAAGCGUCAGAGAGAAGACAGCUAACAGAGAUGGAGGAACCGGCGCACAAUGAGCAGAUGGGCUCUCAGUUUCAAGAUGUCCGGCAGCCAUUGGUGAUGAAAGAAGAGCUUCCUGCUGACAACCAGAGCCGGUGUCCCACACUGGACCAGGAGGACCAGAAGCCCCCACAGAUUAAAGAGGAACAGGAAGAGAGUAAGAUUAUAGAGUUCAUAUUUGAACCCACCCCUGUGAAGUCUGAAGAUGAUGAAGAGAAACCCGGGGUCCCAGAGCUUCGUCACAGUCAGAUUGAGGAGAACAGAAACUCUGCAGAACCAGAACCAGAGGAAUGUUUAGAAUCAGAUGCUGGAAACAAAACUGCAGAUUCUUCAGAAACGGAUGUUAGUGAUGGAGACUGGGAGGAGAGCUAUGGAGCUACGGAGAAGUCAGGAUUGGACCCUAUCACAAAUAACAAUUGUUCUGUUCAAGACAUGGCUUAUGAAAAAGGUAAGAAUUUACACAGCUGCACUGAAUGCAGUAAAACUUUUAACCAAAAGUCGGAUCUGUUGAGACACAACAGAGUCCACACAGGAGAGAAACCCUUCAGUUGCGCUGAGUGUAACGCAGCUUUUUCUUGGAAGCACGUCUUAGCACAACACAUGAGAACGCACAGUGGAGAAAAACCCUUCAGCUGCUCCAUCUGUGGUCAACGGUUCGCAAGGAAGAUCCAUGUAACCUCUCACAUGAGAAGUCAUACUUCAGAAAAACCUUUCACCUGCUCCGUUUGUGGACAAAGGUUCAGCCGGAGGGAAAGUGUGACACGGCACAUGAGACGGCACACCGAAGAAAAACCUUUCAGCUGCUCUGUUUGUGGGCAAGAGUUUGGCAGGAAGGAAAGUCUGACCUAUCACAUGACGCACCACGCUGAAGUAAAACCAUACAGCUGCACCGUCUGUAACAAGGCUUUUACAUUGAAAAUAACUUUAAUGGAACACACAAGAAUCCAUUCAGAGGAAAGACCAUUCGGCUGUUCUGUCUGCGGUGCAGCUUUUAAAAGGAAACACACCUUAGCAGAACACACAAAAACCCACACAGGAGAGAGGCCUUACAGCUGCUCUGUCUGUGGACGAGGCUUCGUCCAACUUAUAAGUCUUACUCGUCACAUGAGGGGUCACACUGGAGAAAAACCUUACAGUUGCUCUGUCUGCAACAAGACGUUUAAAUGGAAGCAAACCUUUCUGACACACGCAAAAGUCCAUGCUGCUGGAAGCUGAGCUCAAGUUGAACCUGCCGUGUUCAAACUGUUCUUACAGAGGGACGAUAUGGAAACACCACAGGAAAAAUCUCAUGCCUGCCAUUAAAAAAAAUUAUUGUGGGAUAUUGUCUGCAGGAUCUAGACUCAAUUUAUGCAGAACGAGUCCAAAGAAGGGCCAAACA